AUUCCUAGAUCGGAUGGUUUUGAAGAAAGAAAAUAAAAGUAAGUUAGAGGGAGGAGGAGGAAGAGAUCGAGAUUAAGAAACAAUGGAAGAACAUGGAAGAUCGUUUGCAGCUCCGAUCAUCUUCUUUACUGUCGUCGGCUUUCAAUUUUUCGCCAAAUAUAUGGAACGAAACAAGAAGAGAGGAAUGGAGACAUCUACGGAGGUUCAAUUGCGAGCAGAAAUUAAGCAACUCCACAAAGAAGCGAGCUCAUUUUCGCAGCCUUCUACAUUUGCACAAGCUGCCAAGCUCCGAAGAACAGCAGUAGCCAAGGAGAAAGACCUUACAAAAAUUCAGGAAUCGCGCAGCAAAGAGCUGAAAUCAUCUUACUAUUCAUACUCAAAAGCUCUGACUUUUAUAAAGGUAUUUAUAUACCUUGUCUUGGUUUACUGGUUUUGGCGUGUACCUAUUGCCGCAGUUCCCAAACAACUAGUGGAACCCUUUGGGAAGAUGUUAUCGUGGAAAGCUGGACCGCCUUUAAAUGACAAUCUCAUGGUGGGAAUUAUACCAUGGUUGAUCGUUUCCACUAGAGUUAGCAAAAUUCUUAUCCGUAAAGUCAUCAACUAGAAGCACACUCUUCAAAUCCGUGUUGUAUACGAGCUUCAAUCGCCCUUCUUUUUUUACAAAUACUGCAUUCUUUAUAAGAAUUGCAAAAUGCCAUUUAACACGCAGAUGAUGCUUUUACGACAGUUAUAUUUUUAAUAACUAUUCCUUUAUAUUCAUAUUAUAGCAUUUUGAGAUA